UCCUCGCUCCCGUGCGCUAUAGUGACGCGCUCUCCUGCUGUUUCAUCGCGGACAAGCUUGGCGGUGGGCAGCGAUCUGCGCGCACCGAUGGAGAUGGGGGAUGUAAAAACUCCGGAGCGAUUAUUCCACAAGUCCUCUUUCAACAUCAGCAGUCUGCUGUUGAGAAGAGACGAGAUGAUGGGGGACCAGGAAUCCCCUUCUCCUUCCCUUCAUUCUGAGAAGACUAUCCAAGAGGAGAACUUUGACGGCGACAAAAGCUGCGAAAACUCCGAACUGAGCGCCAUAGGAGAUACCAAACCGCUGAAGCGAGAGGAAAAUAAGAGGGAAGCAAAGAAAACAGAAGAAGAGCGCGUCAAACCCGAGAAACCUCCUUUUAGUUACAACGCGCUCAUCAUGAUGGCGAUCCGCCAGAGUCCCGAGCGACGGCUCACUCUCAACGGCAUCUACGAGUUCAUCAUGAGCAACUUUCCCUACUACCGACAGAACAGGCAGGGGUGGCAGAACUCAAUCAGACACAACUUGAGUCUGAACAAGUGUUUUGUCAAGGUGCCGCGACACUACGACGACCCCGGCAAGGGCAACUACUGGAUGCUGGACCCCUGCAGCGACGACGUGUUCAUCGGCGGCACGUCUGGGAAACUCCGGCGCAGAGCCACCGCGAGUUCCCGGAGCAAACUUGGUCUGAAGAGAGGAGGAGGAGGUCGACUGAUGCCGCCCAACACGGCCGCCAGCGUUACCUUAGCCGCAGCGAGCUCUUUUUACUGGCCGGUGCCGCCGUUCCUGCCUCUCCAAGCGCCAGUGCGCGCCCACCUCGGCGCGGGGACCUACCUACGCGGCCAGUCGCGUCUGUCCAACCACGCUGCCUCGGUGGUUUCUCAGCGGGCCCGGCUGAGCGCAAGCGCCGCGGAAUCGGAGCGGUUCGUGCGGACGCGCCAGGAGAUGUCCUACAUCGGGGUCAGCUGCGCGCAGUCCCGUCGCCAUCAGAUCGGCUCCACCUGCGCGUCCUUCUCCGCGACGUCCAUCCCCGCAUGCACCCUGCCGCUGUCGGACCCAUGCUCAUUCAACAUGAUCUCUGGACAGGCCAGCUACUUUUACUCCCACCAAAUACCGUGCGCAGCCGCGUUUAGUCCCUGUCCGGAGGAGUGCAGCGCCUCCAAGACGGGACAGCUUUUAUCCAAGAGCGGUCACUCAGAACUCGGAGGAUGCUGUACUGACUUUCCAUAUUACUGCCCUCAAGUUGGCUCAAGCCCUCCUUUUGGAAUAUAAAAAAUCAGACUGUGUGGAAAAAUCUAUAAUAUAGUAUUUAGGAAAAAGAAAUAAAAGGCCAACGCAACCUAAACUGACAAAUGUGUAUCAGCUAAAAGUCCUGUUAUGGACGAAUAUCCUGCUUUAAUUUGUUGUUAUACAGAAAGAUGGGAACGCAACUUGGAGAUCAUUAAUACCAUGUUGUAAAAGGCGACUACACCUAACUUAACUUGUGCCGCAGAAGUUGAUUUACGCAACAGAUGCGCAAAAUAUAUUUGAUAAGACUAUUAAUGAGAGAGAGAAUUGAUUAUGACAAUCAAGAAAAAAUGUAACUGAUGAUCUCCCACUUUCUAGCUGAAACAUCCAUUGUCGUAAUUUCAUGUCUUUCGUUUGGUGUAUGCAAAGGUUUUGUGCGCAUGUUAUUUAAGUGUGCAGAUUUACACCAAGUCAAAGCAAAAUGAAUAGCAGUAAUGAGUUUUUAUUUUUAUUUUUUACCUGUGGUGUUUGCUUUUUGGUCACUGACGCAUUUUAGGUCUAAAUGCUAAUUUAACGCAGUACAUGCAAAUUCUAAAUAAUAGAAAUAAAUAACGAAAGAAGAGGCCUUUUUUUGCAAAGGAAUUCUUGAACUAGCCCAAAUAACUGUAAAAUUAAAGAUUACUGAUUGUAUAACCGGGAAAUCACAACUGUUCAUUUGCCGCAGUUAUUCAGUUUCAUCAAUGUUGCGACUAAAAAAAAUAUAUAUAUUACAUUCCUAUUUUAAUUACUUUACAUGUAAUUAAACGAUAAAUAAUGCAUUUUAAAUUGUGUUUUCUUUCCUCCUCAUUAAAGCCUUGAUACUGUUGUUGAUUGUUCUUAUUUGGCUGCGUUAUUAAGCGUUUCACUCUGGAGAUUUGAGCCCGCAAAAGGAAAAUAGAUUAACUAAAUUACUCGUUUAGAAUAAAAACACAUGGGAGCCUGCAGGGAA